UGAUUGGGGAAUGUGGCCGGUGGGCGUUUCCCCGUCCUCAAAGGAUUUUUCCCCGGAGUGGCCAGACGGGCUGGGGGACACAGGAUGGCAGAGCUAAUAGGAGUACCUAACGGGACAUGCGGACGAGCUGAUUUCUUCUAAUAUUUCAAGUGCUGUUUGUGUCGGUGUGAAGCCUCGCCAUGCCGCUGGUGAAGAGGAACAUCGAGCCCCGCCACCUCUGCCGAGGGGAGCUGCCCGAGGGCAUCGGCAGCGAGCUGGAGUGUGUGAUGAACAACACGCUCUCUGCCAUCAUCCGUCAGCUCAGCAGCCUAAGUAAACAUGCGGAGGACAUAUUUGGCGAGUUGUUUAACGAGGCUAACACCUUCUACCUGCGUGCCAACUCUCUCCAGGACCGCAUUGACCGGCUGGCUGUUAAGGUCACACAGCUGGACUCCACCGUGGAGGAAGUUUCCCUGCAAGACAUCAACAUGAGGAAAGCCUUCAAGAGCUCUACCAUUCAGGACCAGCAGGUGGUGUCCAAGAGCAGCGUGCCCAAUCCUGUCAGAGAAAUGUACAACCUGAGUGACAAGCCUCCACCACUCAGCAUCCUCUCAUCAUACAGGGAUGACCACAAGGAAGCACUUAAGUUUUACACCGAUCCCUCCUACUUUUUUGACCUGUGGAAGGAAAAGAUGCUGCAGGACACAGAGGACAAGAGGAAAGAGAAGAGGAAACAGAAGGAGCAGCGGCGUUGUGUUGAUGGGACGUUACAGAGGGAGGUGAAGAAGGUCCGCAAGGCAAGGAACCGUCGGCAGGAAUGGAACAUGAUGGCUCUGGAUAAGGAGCUGAGACCAGACCAUCGACACACCAUACACCGCGACAGAGGGGCUUCUUCUGAGGGCUCAAUGUCGCCAGAGAACAGGGGUCACGGCCCUGAUCAGCACCACUACCCCAACACCAUGAACCACGCUGGCCACGCCCACACCUACUCUGGCCCUCCGCCCAGCGUCCUGGCUGCCCAGAUGGCUGCAGGACAUGCUGGUCGUGGAGGAGGUGAACAUGAUAACAGGGGCAGGACUAUGAUGGCCUAUCAAGGCGGGACACUGGGCCGUUCUCACCAUCACCAAGUCCCGCUGCCUCCUCCACCCACUGAGGCUAUGAAUGGUGGCUCUAUGUCCCUCCCACCAGUGGACUACAGUAUGGAUGGCUAUGCCAACACCGCUCCUCCUCCCCCUCCUCCUGCCCCUCUCAUUCCCUCUGCCCAGACUGCCUUUGCCUCACCUCCCGGCGGACCGAUGCCUCCUGGUCCAAUGGGUGGCGGCUAUGCUCCGCCUGCACCACCUGUAUCUGGAGGCCAGACAGCUCCACCUCCUCCUGGUCCUCCACCUCCUCCCAUUCCAGCUGGUGCCUCCCACUUCACAACCCACAAGAUGUCUUCCUCUGUAGCCGUUGAGACCACAGUGGUCAAUGAUGCCCGCAGUGAUCUGCUGGCUGCCAUACGUAUGGGCAUCCAGCUGAAGAAGGUGCAGGAGCAGCAGGAGCAGCAGGCUAAGAGGGAGCCAGUCGGAAACGACGUGGCCACCAUCCUGUCACGGCGCAUCGCUGUGGAGUACUCCGACUCCGAGGACGACUCCGAGUUGGAAGAGAACGACUGGUCGGAUUAACACACGUGAAAAAAUGGGAUAACCGCUGAAGAUACACACACACAAUAAGAAGACACACAAUCAGUCGAUCUCACACUCACUUGAAGGAAUGCCCACUUCAUCACACUCACGGGUUAUCACACACGUUGUUGCUGAAAACACACACACACACACACACACACACACACACACACACACACACACACACA